GUCAGUCACUGCUAAAUGAAACGAAAGAAAGCAGUAAACAGAGGCAUUCUCUGUUAGUAUUAGUUGUACAUUUCUUGUUUAUUAUUUCAUUAUUACGGUUAUUUUUGAGUUAGUAAAUCGUUUUGCGAUGUUUUUAAUAAAUGAAGUCGGCAUUAAGAGGUGGCUAUUUAUACGUUUUGUUAUAAGUGUGUAAGAUGAAUGAACUUGUUGAAAAUGUCGCUGUUUUGUGCGUGAAGUCUGCAGCUUCUAGUGAUAAAUUAUAAACGGAUUUAGUUAUUUUAUAUUUAUAAACGAAAGUGCUUUAAAGGGUGCCUUUUAUACGAUGGCUGGUAUUAGAAAUAGAACCCCAUUUGUACUUCUUUUGUACGUAAUUCAAGCGAACUCAUUUUCAAAUUACGACAACGAAACAGGUUUCGGUUACAGUCCAAUACCAAAUACGAGUGUUUACUCCCAAAAGCUCAGCAUAGUCGACACUGAUUUGAAGGACAACCAUAAGCCAGAAUUUAAAGACUGUUCUAAUUAUAAGCCUACAUUAAAAGAGGAGCAACCUCGAGGAACGUUCGUGAUCAAGGUUCAUGCGAUCGACAAAGAUCCGAAAGACGCCGGGGGAACGGUAACAUAUAAAAUUGUUCUGGGAGAUGGUGUUCGGAAGAAUUUUGAUGUCGACGAACAUACUGGCGAAAUUACGACAAAUAGCGUGUUUGACAGGGACGAACCGAGUAGGCAAAAGGAGUUAUAUAUUAGUGUUAUUGCAACUGACAAUGGUAGACCUCUUCUGGCGGAUAUUUGCACGUUUAAAGUGACCAUCGAAGAUAUAAACGACAAUGACCCUGUAUUUGACCAAGCUAGUUACAAAGAGCAAGUGGCUGAGGAUCUAAAGGAGAACGGUGAAGUAAUGAGGGUGCUCGCGUACGAUUACGACGAUGGAGAAAAUUCCAGACUGACUUACGACCUGAUAUCGAAACACUACAAUAACGGCGAUCCAAAAGAAUAUUUUAGAAUCGAUCCUAAAACUGGGGUGAUUUAUUUAAAAAAAUCGCUCAACAAGAAAAAGGACGAUAUUUUUCAUAUGCAAGUAAGCGUACAGGAUCACGGUAAUCCACCGAAAAGCGCCCUCGCUGAUGUGGACAUCGAAGUUGUCGACUCACGUAAAAAGGCUCCGGUCUUUGAGAUAUAUCCGAAAAAUCCCAUCACACUCAAGGAAGACUUCUAUGACUUCGACGAGAAAAUAGCGGUCUUUAAAGCAAGGUCAAACACUGAACAAACAAGUUUACAAUUUGAACUGCUUAAGGGUAAAACAACCCAGACAAAUAAGGACCAAACUUUCAAGCUUACCCAAGAAGGUGAAACAGAAGCGUAUAUCUCUCUCGCGCGCAAUUUGGACUACGAAAGGGUCACCGAAUAUCAGCUGACCGUUCGAGUUACAAAUAAAGAACAAGCGGCGUCCGUCACCUUUGAAAUUAAAAUAGAAGACGUAAACGACGAAAUCCCGACGUUUAUAGACUCCGUUACAGGUAGUGUGUUAGAAAAUGAACAGCCCGGUGCUCAAGUUAUGCAGGUUAGAGCAAUCGAUAAGGACGGAACCUCGGCGAAUAACAUUGUUAGUUACGAAUUGCAAAACUUCAAAGACUUAUUUAAAAUUGACGAAAAGACUGGUAAAAUUACGACUUUACAAAUGUUUGAUCGGGAAGCGGAAGAUUUUUACAACGUUCUCGUCGUCGCCAAAGAUAAUUCUCCUAGUGCAAUUUUAAAAAACAAACUGGAGCCGAACUCUGCAAGUCAAGCAUUUCGAAUUACCAUCGAAGAUCGUAACGAUAAUAAACCUCAAUUUACAAAUAGCACGUACGUUGCCGAUAAUAUUCUCGAAACAACUGACAAGGGAAAAGAUGUAAUCGAAGUCAAAGCGGUAGACAAAGAUACCGCUUCCCUUAUUGUUUAUAGCAUCAUUGACGGCAAUAUCAACGACGCAUUCACCAUUGAAAAUACGACUGGUAGAAUUAGAGUUAACAACAAGUUAGAUUUUGAAACGAUAGAACAAUAUAAAUUGAUAGUUCAGGCGAGUGACGGUAUUUAUAUGGAUUCGGCGAAGGUUAUCAUUAAUAUUGGCAAUGUCAAUGAUGAACUGCCCGUUUUUGAGGAGUACAACAAGAAUAUUACCAUUGAAGAAGAGAAAAUCAUCGAAGGAUGCAUCUUAAAUUUGAGAGCUUACGAUCCUGACAUUAAAGAUCGCAACGCCGACCAAAAUAUUGUGUACAAAAUAAUGGACAAUCAAAAAAGCUUUUUGAGUAUUAACAAUGCUGGCUGCGUUUCCCUUAUAAAGGCGCUGGAUCGAGAUAAACCGAAUGGCUUCCCCAAGCACCAAGCGUACGUUUACGCUCAUGACGAUGGCGGCGCGCCGGGGUCUCAAUUAAGUAUUGCAGAGUUCAAUAUCAUUCUUUUGGACAUCAAUGAUAACGCCCCAUUUCUGAAUGUGACGGAAGUUGUUUGGUACGAAAAUCAAAAACCGGGACCGAUUAUUCAACUCACGGCAGAUGACUAUGACAGUCCAGAGAACGGUCCUCCUUUUAGUUACGCGAUAGCGAACGAAGCUAGUAGUGAUAUACGUAGAAAGUUUUCCAUACAUGACGAUAUUCUAAAUGCGGACGUAACAUUCGAUAGAGAAGAGCAGAAAUUUUAUCUUGUACCUAUCGCCGUAACCGACAGUGGCAGUCCAUCUCCCGCCACCGCCACUAGUUUCAUGAAGGUUAUCAUUGGCGAUGUUAACGAUAAUGAAGCGAAACCUGGCGAAAGUCAAAUAUUUGUCUACAAUUAUGAGGGAAAAUCUCCCGAUGUUUCGAUUGGUCGUGUUUAUGUUGACGAUCUCGAUGAUUGGGAUUUAAACGAUAAGUACUUUCAAUGGGCGUCUUUCGAAGAUGAGCAUUUUACGCUUAAUAACGAUAAUGGUACGAUCAUCAUGAAAAGUGGUACGCCCGCUGGGAAGUAUAUGUUGAAUUUCAUUGUUACCGAAGAGCAUCUACCCCUUAUCCCAAGGCACGAAGUCGAAGCGUCCGUGGAAGUUACUGUUAAAGAGAUACCAGAGGAAGCUGUACGCAAGUCAGGUUCGAUCCGUUUAUCGGGCAUUACGAUAGAGGACUUCAUCGCGAAAGAUAGUAAUGGGGUCAGUAGAAAGGAUUUGUUCCAAGCGUACUUUGCAAAGGUUUUCAACAAGACAUUGGAAAAUGUCGACGUCUUCACAGUGAUACCCACGCCAUCUAAUAGUUCAUAUAUAGAUGUGCGAUUCUCUGCACACGGAUCGCCAUAUUACUUACCUGAGAGCUUGAAUUCAAAAACAUACGAGCAUCAAGUGGAGCUCGAAGAUAUUUUAAAGGCCCAAUUCGUUCUUAUCAGCAUCAAUGAAUGCUUGAAGGAGUCCGUUUGCCCAGAACAUAACUCGUGCAACAAUAGACUGGAUAUCAAGGACACUGCAGCUGUGGUGUUUACUAAUAAAACAUCGUUUGUUGGCAUAAACGCAAUCGUCGAACCCAUUUGCGACUGUUUACCUUUAGAUUCUAUACAACCUAUAGAUGAUGAAUUGUGUUAUUCCAAUGGUAUCACCUUUACAGGUAACGGAUGGGCCUUGUAUCCACCAUUUGAAGCUUGCAACAAGUCUGAAAUACGAUUGGAAGUUCUUCCUCAGCAUGGCAACGGUCUCAUCAUUUACGCGGGUCCAUUUAGUACAUCACCUGAGCCAAUUGUUAGAGAUUUUAUGUCAUUAGAACUUCAAGAUGGUUAUCCUGUUUUAUUAGUCGAUUUUGGAACAGGUACAACAAUGAAGUUUGCAAAAAAACAGCUGACAGUUGGACAAAGUCACAGCAUUAGUAUCCUACUACAGCCAUUUGAAAUUCAAUUAAUAGUAGAUGACUGCCAUCAAAGCACAUGCGUGGCACUGGGCAAGCCGCCAGGUGAAAACGCACUGCUAAAUGUGAACGGUUUACUCCAAGUGGGAGGUGUGAGGUCCGAUUUAGAUGCGUUAAGCAAACAGUUGCAAUGGAAUUAUACCCCAACAAAUAAAGGCUUUGUUGGUUGGAUUCAUAACUUUACCUUCAAUGGGCAGCUGUACAACUUAGGAAUGCCGGCCGAAUCAUUAAAUGCGCAUCGCGAAUGUAAUUUCAAGGCAGCUAAAGCUGUGUCGUUUGGUAUUGAUACCAAUUUUAUAGUGGCUAUUUUGGUUUGCGUCGCUAUCUUGUUAAUAUUGCUGCUCGCUGUGGUCGUGCACAGACGGAAACAGGACAAUUGGAACGAAAAAGAUUCUGACGACAUUCGUGAGACUAUUAUCAAUUACGAAGACGAGGGAGGUGGCGAGUACGAUACUGGUUUUGAUAUGUCUGUACUGCGACGUGAGCAUUUGGAGGAUAAAGCUCCUGUGCAAGAAAGUCUCUACAAGCAGGCGGACGUUCCCGACAUAAGCGGUUUUCUUACCGAUAAGAAAGAUUCCUGUGACCGUGAUCAUAUGCCUUAUGAUGAUGUUCGCUAUUAUGCUUACGAAGGAGAUGGAAAUAGCAGUGGAUCGUUGUCUUCUCUAGCAUCAUGUACCGACGAAGGUGAUCUGAAAUUUAACUACUUAUCAAAUUUCGGACCACGGUUCCGUAAGUUGGCGGACAUGUACGGAGAAGAUCCGAGCGACGAGGACAGUCAGGAUGGCGGAGAAGAAUCAUGGUGUUAAUAUUACGAAAGUACUUAAAUUAUAUUUGACCAAAGAAGUCUUACUCCAUGUUUAAAAGUGUUGUUAAUUGGUCGAGUUGAAAAUUCUUUGGAAAACGCCCCGUAUUGAAUUUUAACUUGCCAUGACAAAAUUUAAACUAGAUUGCCUUAAACAUUUCGAAUAUAUUUCGUUCAUUCUGAUUAAGUAAUUGUAAAAUGUGUAAACUGUGAUAUUUAAAAAUUAAAUAUGUAUUAACGAUUUUACAUUCCUACGCAAUAUUGUAUAACCAUUAUUUUCGAAGUAAAUUAGGAUAGUGUCACCUGUAAAUUGCGCUUCGUGUCAAUGUUUUAGGCGAUUUUGGAGUAGUGGUAAAUCUUCCAUUAAUCUACACUUAAAACGAGAAUUUAUGGAGAGUUAAUCUUCUAGUCGAUCGGUGAUUUUUACAUGUUUGGAAGAUGUUCACAAUUCUUGGACUUUAUGUUGUCUAACCUCGGAAAAGAUGUUUACAGCUUGGGUUGAACGGCAGCUAAAUGAUCGUAAUUAGAAGUAGUGUAUAUAUAGGUUUAAAUAUUUUUUUUAUCAACACUCGGCUUAGUAAUUAUGGGAUAUACGCAAGAAACUGAGCAGGCGAGUAUAAAAUUGAACACAAAGUUCCUUUCGCAUAGAAUGGGAAUUAUUUCCGUGUGCAAAUUAAAAUCUAGUUUAAAUUUAGUUAUGAUUCCUCUUUCUUUGUUUCGUACGAAUCGCGCGAGUAAUUUGAUGUCUUAUAUCGCAUAUGAUUGAUUUUGUUCUUACGUUGUUUAAUGUUAAAUUGUGAUGGCAGCCAUAUAUAAAUAUAUUUAUAAUAUACAUGAUCUCCUGCGAGAAUAUUUUAAGUUUUAAUUGUAAGGCUUUGCGUUCAUUCCAUUUCUUAGUUUCAGGUGUAGUUAAUUACUUUGUAAGCAUUUUUUAAGAAGUAUUAAACAUUAUUUAUGUUAAAAAAAGGUUUUGAUAAGCAAACUGUGCAUUUGUUAAUUUUUUUUGUUGCCUUAAUUUAUUUUGGCGGGCAAUUUGCAGCAUUCGCAGUGAUGUCUUUAUAUUGAAGAAAUAUGUGAAUCUAUAGAAGAAAAUAGAAAGUAUUUUUACAAUAUCUAGAUUUAUAUUAAGUAGCGUAUAUAAUAUCAUACUGAUGAAGUGACCUUCUAUUUUAGGUAUCUGUUUUUUAAAUGAAGUCUAAUGAAAUCUUGCUCACUGCCAUUAAACAUUGACUUACAGUAUGAUUGUUAAAUAAAGGCUAAAUAUUGA